AUGUCCUUACUAAACCUCAAAAGACAACCAUUUCCAAGUGGGGAUACUGAGGAAGACAUCCGAACAGACCCAACACUAUGCCGGACAUGUUGGAAUCUCUACGGAGGCUCAGCUUCUACUGCCAUUUUCUUGGGUGGUAUUUCCAUGCACGAGAACUCUGGCUCAAUCAAUGCAACAAGGGCGGCUCAAGCUGAUGACGUGGAAAAAGCUCCCGCUUGGGGAGGGCAAGGUCGCAUCGACUAUGCCUCUUGGCAGAUCAGUAUCUACCUGCCUGAUAUACCCGGAUCCGCAUUGGGAGGCUGCCCUUCUUGUCUGCUAUUGCAGCAAAUUUUGAUCAAGCUGACCAAGGGCACCUUGAACUGCAAUGAUCCCGAGCUGUGGCUCGAAAUCGUGUUUUGUAAAGGAAAUGUACUAAGGAUAAAGCUUAUCCGUGGAAGUGCCCCCGAUGACGACGCCUUCGACAUGUUUUCUUCUGGCGGUGGAAAUACCGAUGGGGUCCUCCUUGAGAAUUAUGAGAUCUAUACUCUUCCCGGAUCUCCCUGUCCAUGGCCCACGAUUGGUUCCUCGAUGAACAUUGAACGGCCUGACUGGAGUCUUCCCACUGAGAUCGGAGGACUUGUUGGUCAUAUUGAGCCAGAUCCUACUACCAAAUCAUCUUUUGAUAGAGUCAAGAGCUGGAUCAAGACUUGCAAGAACGAACACACAGUUUGUUCCGAAGCAGAGAUUUCAGUCAAGUCACAGCUUCCGAAGCGUGUCAUCGAUAUCGGACCUGGAACUAACGAUGGUAUUCAUAUCUUCGUGCACGAUGACUCUACUACACUGAUCACAGAGCCUUAUAUCGCGCUGUCUCACUGCUGGGGUAAAACCCAGCACUUGAUCUCGACCAAAGCAACUCUUGACCAGUGGAAGCAAAAUAUCCCAUUCAACCGCUUCGCUAAAACCUUCCAAGAUGCCAUAAUAAUCUCAAGAGAAUUGGGUAUCCGUUAUGUAUGGAUUGACUCUCUUUGCAUUGUUCAAGAUGACAAGCAAGAUUGGGAAAUUAAAGCCGCCAAGAUGGCAUCCAUCUACAAUGGUGCUGAAUUGGUUCUAUCAGCGACUGGCUCAGCCGAUGGCGCUGGUGGAUGCCUUUUCGAACGAGAGCCGUUCGUGACAGUGGCUGGAACAUUCCCUGACGGCAAACCCUUCGAAGUUUAUGGGCGCAAGAUGGCCAAGCACUCUGUAUUUGGAUGGGACACUGAUCCUAACAUGUCCAAGGGUUCUUCGAAUCCAAUUACUGGAACAAUAAUAUCCGAUGUCCUGGACCAUCCUUUGAUGACGCGUGCCUGGUGCUUCCAGGAGAGACUAUUGGCAACCCGAAUCCUCCACUACACCAAGAACGAGAUGGUUUUUGACUGUCUCUCGUCUAUGGAAUGUGAAUGUGGUGCCCUCGAAAAACACGAAGAUGAUCCGUUGGUACCUGCUCGCCGAAUCAUGAAGACAGGGCAUAAGUUCAUCAAGGGGACAAAGAGCUACAGAGGCUCAUCUACCAACCCUUCCGUCCCUCUCCAAGGCGAAGCUAAAGAGUUUAUGGAGCACCACGAACUUUGGCGUGAUUUGAUCGUUCAAUACUCCCAGAAACAAAUAACUCAACGUUCAGACGGGUUACCUGCCAUUGCAGGGUUGGCCACGGAGUGGUUGGGUAAGGAUACCGGAAGAUACCUUGCUGGUUUAUGGGAGAGGGACUUGUUAAACGGUUUGCGUUGGAUGCCAGAUGAAAAAGAUUCUGGCGAAGAGCCUCAAUACAUUGCGCCGAGCUGGAGUUGGCUCAGUGUUCAUCGCGGUGUAACCUGGGGGCUUGAAAGCUUUGAGUAUGAUAAGUUCUUUGUGAAAGUAGACUUCGAUCGGACUGCGUGCCCUCCCAGUGGACAGAACAAGUUCGGAGCGGUCGAGUGUGGAUACAUCUUUCUCACAGGCCACGCCAUGCCGAUGACAAUUUCUAUAGAUGGAAACCGAGUGUGGUUGGAGAAGCCAGGAAAUGCCACGAGGAAGCCAUUCGAAAGGCCAGACAGUUUAUUUCGCAUAAAAAAGCUCAAGACUAACGAGGUUUUGUGCCUGAGACUAUCGACCAGGAUGACUACACGGAACGGCUGGGACGAUGAUGCUGCGCUUGUUUUGGUUAAGGCGGAUGGGGAGGCGUUGGAUAGGCAGCCUGAAGAGGUUCGAAAGUUUGGAAAUGUCUAUCAGCGUUUGGGAUAUAUCACAAAUUAUAUGACUGAUGGUUGGAGUCAUAAGAAAGAUUCGAAGGAGAUGGGGAUGUAUAUCAUUUAG